AUGACAAUGGGUAUAUCUAGUUCUCUCUCCCCCUCUCUUUCUCUCUCUCUCUCUCUCUCUCUACCUUUUUAUUUCUCUUUUCGCUUAUCUCUUUCUACUUUUCAUACGGCGUUUAUUUCUCUCCCUCUCACACCCUUUCUCUCUCUCUCUCUCUCUCUCUCUCUCUCUCUCUCUCUCUCUCUCUCUCUCUCUGUGUUCUUUUUUAUUUUUAUUUCCAAUUUUGUAUAUUUUUCUUUUCCUUCAUUUUUCCUUUUUUUUUAUUUCUUUUAUUGCAUUUUUCAUUUCUUUGUAUUCAAAUUUAACUUCUGUUACCGUCGCUUCUUUCUUUUCUUUCUUAUUUUCGCCCCGACACCCUAUCGAUUUAUUUCUUUUCUUUCUUUUCUUUACUUUCAACAAUUUUCACGAUACGUACUCAGCAGCGGGUCGUUGUUAUUGGUUCUUUUUUUGAACACUGACCAAUACACGUUCUACAGGCGGACCGGACGUUUGCUUCCAAAUCGUGGUUAG